AUUCAGUGUCACAAAGAACAGGCGCACACAGAAGUUACCUAGAACAACGGCGCAUCCCACAGUGCUGAAUUGCAACUACACUCAGCUUCCGCACAGCUAACUGGUCGUAGGCGUUGCCCAAUCUACGAUCAACAUGACAAAGUCUGGGGAGGAGGCAGCACAGCAACUACAGGCUCCUCCUUCACCUAGGUAUGAGAGUGAUGGAGAUGACUGGCCACCUCGGGGAGACAUGGAAGACAUCCCUCUAUCCCCAUCUUCUGAAGAAGCCCCCACUGCAGAAGAGAUCCCUGCAGUAGCCCCUCCUCCACUAGAAGCCCCUCCUGCACCAGCAGCCCCUCCUGCACCAGCAGCCUGCAGUGCACCAGCAGCCCGCCGUGCACCAGCAGCCCCUCAGGAGGAGAUAGCAGAGGUGCAGAUAUUAAUAGAUUUUCUGGAAGAGAUGCGUGCCUCCCGGAGGGAAAAUGUGUAAAGCAGAAUCCAGCUGACAGAAGCAAUUAAUGCCAUUCGACAAGACCAAAGACAGCUUAUCCAACACUAAAGAGAGCUUCUCCAAGAACAAAGAGAGCUUCGCCAAGACCAAAGAGAGAUCUUGCAUAUUCUCAGAGAUAUAUUGCAGGUCCUCCGGGAGGCGCAUAAUGCACCAUCUGCUGCUGUGCCAUCUGCCGCUGGGCCAUCUGCUCCUGGUACUCCUCAAUCUCCUCCUCAGCCGGGUGAUCCCAGUACU